AUGUCCUGGACGUAUGCAACCCUCCUGGCUCUCCUGGGUGUGCUUCUUGCACUUUCCUUGUCUCCAGAGGCUGACUCUGCAGCUGUGCCCAGCAGCACAGGCAGCGCUAAAGACCCACAAGGUCCGCUGAAGAAGAUCUUCAUGAAGGAGGCCGAUGCCUCAAACUUCUUCAGAAGACGCAACAGACGGGGGGUGAAGUCUCAGGAUGAGAUUAACGCUGAGCAGAGGCAGAUUCUGGCAGCAGAUGAACGAAAGAGAGAAUUUCAUGAGGAGAAGAGGAACGAGUUUGAGAGCUACGCUGAAGAGGAGCACGAUGAACAAGACGAGAGGACCAGAGAGAGCACCGAGCAGUGGAGGGAGUUUCACUAUGACGGCAUGCAUCCCCCCCAAGAGUACAACCGUCACUCCAUCUGAGACUGAGAGGAGAGAGGUGAUGCUGUAAACUGACAGGAUGCCGAGCUUUUAAAGAAAUCUUUUAACUACACAAUGAGGCUUUUCUCCUCAGACCUUGACAAGUAUACGGUUGAUUAGAGUGACAAUUGCAGACAUAUUGGACUGCUGUAAACAUUUUCCAUUUUAUUCAUCCAUCUUGUCUUUUUUACUAACCCAAAAUGUAGAAAAGUAACCUUGUUGAAAUGAUAAAUCUUUCACUUUGCCACAGAAAUAACCAUUUUAUAUGUUAUGGGCUAUAGAUGAGCAAAUAUAAGUCGCUUUCUUUUAGGGUUGCAGCUAGCAAAUAUUAAUUAUCAAUUAAUUGAUUAGUCAAUUAGUCUAUAGAAUGUGAAAAAAAAGGCCAUGGUCAUUUCCCAAAACCCAGGUUGACUUUAUUAAAUUGCUUACUUUAUCUGACCAACAGUCAAAAACCAACGAUAGUCAAUUUACAAUUAUAGUGGUCUAAGAAAACCAGCAAAUAUUUACAUUUGAUAAGCUGUAAUCAGUCAAUUUUGGUGAUUUUGCUUAAAUAACUUAAAUAGACAUAGACAUAAACAUAAAUAGAGAACAUACUGAUGUUUGGGGUCAACUAGAGCCCAUAAAGGGUCCUGAUAGACUUGUGAAUAAAUUGUUGUAAAGCUCCAAUAAUGGAAAUCUAAAUAGAUUUAUUUAGAAUUAUUGAGGUCAACACCAAUCACAAAUAUAAAAAAGGUCCAUCCAAUCCACUAUAUUAAACAGCUGUGGUCUCUAAGAGCCCAAACAGAAGUAAUGCAUCAUCUCCUGUAGCGGACUUCUAUAACAGGUCAUUACGUCCAAAUCAUGUAUAUAAGCAAUUCUCAUAAAAGCAGGAAAAGCCAUGAAACAUCAAGCUGAUAAUACAACAUUAAAGGGAUGUUUUGUUUUUUUAACCGGGGCUGCGUGAGGUACUUAUCUGUAAUCAGUGUCCUACCUGCAGUUAGGCUAAUUGUUGUCUGUACAUAACCUGUUAAUAACCAAAGCUAACUUUAGCUAUCCAUAAGUAGUAACUGUCACAAGCAUAAUUUAUUUUAAUCUGUUUACCUUAUGUGCCUUAAAUCACACAGUGAAACAGUCCCUUUCAGGAAGGAUGCAAUGUUGCAAUCGUGAAUUCAACCCAGCCUUGCAAUUUUGUCCAAUCAUCGCAAAUUUUUCUGCAAAUUUGACAAUGAUCAUAGUAGUUUCAAAAACCCAAAACGUUGAGCCGUACGUCACCAAACUCACUCAAGAUACAGACCAUGUAGACAUGUGCAAUGUGAACAUCUCACAUUUACCCUCAAAACAGUGAUUUUAGUCUUGCCUUUAGAAUUUUAAUGAAUUCUACAAACUCAACUAUUUUAGCAAUUUUCACUUUUUUGAAAAACUGCUGUGAAAUGAGGCAUUUUAGGCCACAACAAUCCCAGAAAGGCACACAAACUCCUGGAGGCUGUGGUGAAGGCUUUGGUUGUUAGCAUGGUUGUUUCUAGUUGUACUGUAGUUUCUCAUGUUAACAUAUGUGAAAGCACUAUCCUCCACCUCAAAAGGGGGCCUGGCCUUGGCACUAGGGGCAUGAUGACGUACCUCAUACCACCCCACUUCAAAAAAAAGACCUGAACUAUCCCUUUAAGUAUGUUUUAUGUUUUUUGAAGCUGUUAAGGGGGUUUAGGGUUAAUUAGAUGUUCAAAAAUUUAAUACACAGUACCAGAGGCAGAAUAGUGUGAAUAUACUGUAUUUACAUAUAUAUAUAUAUAUAUAUAUAUUAUUUUCUAUAUAUUUACUCACUUGUGAUGA